AUGGCUCGAAUAGAGUUUCUUAUGUGUGCAAUAAUUAUUCUAGCUCAUUUCCAACAAUGUAGUUGUCAAGAAGUUGUACAAGGUGUUGGUGUUAAUUGGGGUUUAUUAGCCACUAAUCCAAUUGAUCCUCAUAUUGUUGUGAAUAUGAUUAAGGAUAAUGGAAUUAAAAGGGUCAAGAUUUUUGAUACAGAUCCUUGGAUUUUAGGUGCUUUUGCUGGCACAGACAUUGAAGUUAUGGUUGGAAUUCCUAAUGAUCAGUUGAAGAAACUAUCUAAAGAUAUGGAUGAAGCAGAAGAUUUUGUUAAACACAAUGUCUCUAAACACAUGCAUGAUGGAGGAGUGAACAUAAGAUAUAUAUCUGUUGGUAAUGAAGCCUUCUUGAAGAGUUAUGGUGGUUCAUAUAUAGGGACUACAUUUCCAGCAAUGCAAAAUGUUCAAAAAGCUAUUAAUAAAGCUGGUUUGGGAGACAAAAUAAAGGUGACCACAGCUUUAAAUGCUGAUGUAUACGACACUAGUUCAGACAAACCGUCAGGUGGAAAUUUUCGUGCCGACAUUUCUGACGUUAUGAAACAAAUAGUGCAGUUUCUCGAUGAAAAUAAAUCACCAUUUUUAGUGAACAUAUACCCUUUUCUAAGUCUAUACCAAAAUGAAGCUUUCCCUAAAGAUUAUGCAUUCUUUGAUAGUUCAAGUAGAACAAUUACCGACGACAAUCAACAAUAUACUAACGUGUUUGAUGCAAACUUCGAUACACUUGUUUGGUCAUUAAAAAAAGUUGGUCACCCUGAUGUGUCAAUUAUGAUUGGUGAAAUCGGUUGGCCAACGGAUGGUCACCACCAUGCCAAUCCAGAUAAUGCAAAAAGAUUCUAUCAAGGUUUCCUUAAGAAAAUGGCAAACAAAGAAGGUUCGCCACUUCGUCCAGGGCCUAUGAACGUAUAUCUCUUUGGUCUUGUUGAUGAGAAUUUGAAGAGUGUUGCACCAGGUGACUUUGAGCGUCACUGGGGGAUUUUCCAUUUUGAUGGAAAACCUAAGUUUCCGAUUGAUUUGUCGGGGAAAGGACAAGAUAAAUGGCUUAUUGGAGCAAAAGGUGUUCGUUAUUUAGACCGUAAAUGGUGUGUCCUAAGUCAAGAUGUAAAAAACUUGAGUGCAGCUUAUGGAUCUUUGAGUUUUGCUUGUGAAGCAGGUGAUUGUACAAGCUUAUGUUAUGGUUGUUCUUGUGGAAAUUUGGAUGUACCGGGUAAUAUUUCAUAUGCUUACAACCAAUUCUUUCAAAUGAAUCAACAAAGUGUUGAAGCAUGUAAUUUUGAAGGAACAGGUACUAUUGUAACAAAAGAUCCAUCAAAUGGAAGUUGUGUGUUCCCUAUAGAAAUUUAUAGUGGUGGAAGCAUGCUGAGAGGAGGAAUUCAUAUAGUUAGAAGCAUGUUGAUUGGGUUUGUAUUAAUUUUCUUAACAUUUAUAUAA